CAAAUAUGAUUUCUGAUAAAAUGCGCGCUCAAAUGUAUCGCGAUCAUCGCCAACGUUUACGAUACGUUCGAUCUCGUGUUAAUAGCGGUUCAGUUCGUUUGCCAUCGCGUAUCAGUGCAAAUUGUGUCAUCUCAGAUUCGUUCCGUUCGUUGAAAAACAGAAAUAUGUGUAGGUCACAAUCUAAUCCAAAUUUUUUACACCGACAACAGCUUCCCCAAUUUGAGAAAAGAAAUAUCCAACAACAUGCUCAUCGUCUAUCCACCAAAUCAAUCAUAGAUGAGCGUAGAAAUAUUAUAAAGUCGAAAUCUUUGGCAACAAACGAAAAGCUGAAUAAUCAACGUGGUAGUCCAAUGACCUAUCCAUCGAUUGCUCUAAGCAAGUAUCCAAUUUUGAAUUUACCGGAAACUGGCAUUCAGCUUCAACGUCUCUUGCGCCCCGUAAUUUUUAUGGACCUAGAGCUAAAGGCUCUUCGACCAGUGGGACGUGUACUUAUUCAAUUAUAUACGGAAGCAUCGCCUCAAGUUGUAUUGGAGUUCAUCCGCUUAGCUAGAAACAAUAGCGCAGAAAGCCUUUUCAUCACUCGUGUCUUUCCAUCUCUAUGGUUGGAGGGAGAGUUAAGAAUACCGCCAGAUUCUCAUACACACAGAAAACAUGAAUUCGAUACACGAAGUUUAAAUCACACAAACCAUGGCGGUAUUGUUUCUUAUUCGCGUGAAAAUAUAAGUGGUAUCGAAAGUGACCGACUAAGCUUUGCAAUCUCCUUUCGACCACUGCCUGCAGCUAAUAGCAAACGCAUCGCUUUUGGACGAAUUGUGGGUGGCUUAAAAUAUCUCUACGAACUUCAAGACUAUGGCACAAAGAAUGGAAAGCCGACAAGAAAAAUUUUCAUUAGCAAGUGUGGAUUAUUCUCAAAGACUUUGCCCUCGCGGAGAUAUUGA